GAGAGGGAGAGAGAGUAAGUGAAGGAACGAGUGAGCGUGAGCGGACGGGCGGGGCAGCGGUGGCGCCCCGGGAGCCGGGCACCUUAGCGCCCCGGGCACAGGGACUCGCUCCAGUCCGCCCUACGCUCGCUCCCUUAGCUCUACCCCUUCCUUUACCAUGUGGAGCCGCUGAUGCCGAAACCAUGGAGCUUUUCCAAGCCAAGGACCAUUACAUCGUGCAGAGUGGGGAGAAGGCGCUGUGGUGUAGCCGAAAGGAUGGCUCUUUACAAGUCAGACCCGCUACUGACUUGCUUCUCGCCUGGAACCCUAUUUGCCUAGGUCUGGUGGAGGGAGUCAUUGGAAAGAUUCAGCUUCAUACAGAUUUUGCAUGGCAGCUCCUUCUAAUCCGCCAGAAAGCAGUGGUUGGAAAGCUUCCAGGGGAACAUGAUGUGUAUAAGAUAACCAAGAUAGCAGUGAUCCCACUCUCUGAAGCGGAGCCUCAGGAUCUGGAACUGGAGCUGUGCAAGAAGCACCAUUUUGGUAUAAAUAAGACUGAGAAGAUUACCCAAUCUCCAGACGACUCCAAGUUUUUGCUCAAGACAUUGAGUCAGAUCAAAUGCAAUGUGGCUGCUCCAAUCAAAAAGAAGGCCAAGGAACACAAGGAAAAAGAACGUUUGGAACGAAGAUUGUUGGAGGAAUUGAUAAAGAUGUUCGUGGACUCGGAUUCAUUUUAUUUUAGCCUGACCUAUGACCUUACAAAUUCAGUGCAGAGACUGAGUGCAUCUGAAAAGAAAGGUGAAUCGAUAUGGCAAAGGGUGGAUGAUCGAUUUUUUUGGAACAAGCACAUGAUUGAUGACCUGAUCAAAGUAAAUGAUCCCAAUGCAGACUUCUGGAUUGUUCCAAUAAUCCAAGGGUUUGUGCAGAUUGAAGAGCUGGUUGUCAAUUAUAAUGAAUCCUCAGAUGAUGAGAAGAGCAGUCCAGAAACCCCAUCACAGGAGCAGUGUGUGGAUGAUGUCCACCCAAGAUUUUUGGUGGCAAUUAUUUCAAGGCGGAGUCGGCACAGAGCAGGUAUGCGUUACAAACGCCGUGGCGUGGAUGAAAAUGGGAAUGUGGCGAAUUACGUCGAGACCGAGCAGUUAAUCCACGUCCACAGCCACACGCUCUCAUUUGUUCUUGCGCGUGGAUCCGUACCGGUGUUUUGGAGUCAGAUUGGCUAUCGGUAUAAUCCUCGGCCACGGUUGGACAAACCUGAGGAGGAGACGACCAGCAAAUUUGCAGCACACUUUGAGGAACAGCUGAAAAUUUAUAAGAGACAGGUUAUUGUCAGCCUAGUAGAUCAGACUGGGAGGGAGAAAAUAAUCGGAGAUGCCUUCCUUCGACAAGUUCUGCUUUAUAAUAACCCGAGCCUUACAUAUGUGACCUUUGACUUCCAUGAGCACUGUCGGGGAAUGAAGUUUGAAAAUGUGCAGACUCUAACGGAUGCUAUCUCUGAUAUCAUCAUGGACAUGAAGUGGGGCUGGGUUGACCAGGCAGGAGAGAUUUGCAAACAGGAAGGGAUCUUCAGGGUGAACUGCAUGGAUUGCUUGGAUCGGACGAAUGUUGUUCAAGCUGCAAUUGCUCGAGUGGUCAUGGAGCAACAGUUGAAGAAACUAGGGGUCAUGCCACCUGAACAGCCCCUGCCUCAAAAGUGCUAUCGGAUUUACCAGAUCAUGUGGGCCAACAAUGGAGAUGCCAUCAGCAGGCAGUAUGCUGGGACAGCUGCAUUAAAGGGUGACUUUACAAGGACUGGAGAACGAAAACUCGCAGGAAUGAUGAAAGAUGGUUAUAACUCUGCCAAUCGAUAUUAUCUCAAUCGCUUCCGUGAUGCAUAUAGACAAGCUGUAAUAGACCCAAUGCAGGGUAUCCCAGUGACGGAAGAUCUCUACUCCAUCUUCAACAAGGAGAAAGAGCAUGAAGCCUUGCAUAAACAGAACCAGAGGAGCCAGCAGGAACAGUUCAGUCUCCUCUUGCAGAAUUACAUGAAACUACUAUUACCUGAUGAUGAGAAAUUCCACGGGGGCUGGGCUGUGAUAGAUUGUGAUCCGAGCCUUAUCGAUGCCACCCACAGAGAUGUUGAUGUGCUGCUCCUCCUCUCCAACUGUGCCUACUAUGUGGCCUACUAUGAUGAUGAAGUUGAUAAAGUGAAUCAGUAUGAACGAAUGAACUUGGAAGACUUGGAGAAGAUUGAAAUUGGUCCAGAACCAACUUUCUUUGGGAAACCCAAGUUUACCUGUAUGCGGCUGCAUUACAAGCACAAUGGAACUAGUGGGUACUUCCAUACGCUCCGAGCUGUGAUUCGAAACCCUGAGGAGGAUGGGAAAGACACUCUUCAAUGCAUUGCUGAGAUGCUUCAACUUACAAAACAGAGUCUGGGACUAAAUGUGUCAAUUGUGGAGAAGAAAUUAGAGAGGAAGCACAGUAAACCACAUGAAGACAUCCUUGGUAUCCGAUCCAAAAGUCAAGUUUCGAGUAGUACAAGCCUAACCCAAGGCAAGAAUUUCCUUAUGAACAAGUUUUCCUCCCUUAAUCAAAAAGUCAAACAAACUAAAUCCAAUGUGAGCAUCGGCAGCCUUCGCAAGCUUGGCAACUUCUCAAAGCCUGAGAUGAAGGUCAAUUUCUUGAGACCAAACCUGCGGGUGAAUCUGUGGAAGUCGGACAGUAGCUUGGGGAGCUCUGAUUCACCAGUAGUGGUCUCCAAGGAUGAUACCGAUUCAGACAUAGAGAUCUCUUCUGACUCAGACUCUUUUGAAUCUGACGGUUUCCUCUCCAAUUCUAAGUCAGAUGAUGAUUGCCAGCUAACAAACUCUGAAGAUGUCAGGCAGUGUGACUAUGUUUUGCCUAGUUGUGGUAUUGUUGCUACAGGUCCUCGGCCACGGUUAGGAAGUCGAUCGCAAUCUAUUAGCAGUUCAGAUUUUAGUAUUCCGAGUAAUCCUUCAGAAAUCCACAUAGCUCAGUGUAAUCCUGAACAAGUGAGUAAAGUCAUGAUUGAUGUCCAGCUUUCUGGCAAAGCACCAAAUGCUGAUGAGGGUAUAUUGGUUGAUUUCAACACUCCCACUGAUGUUUAUUGUCAACAGUUUGUAGAAGAUGCACAGCACAAAGUUCCAGACAUUCCUGUAGACCUUGCAUUCCAUCACCAGCAACGUGAACAAAGCAAUAUCAUCUUGGGCACCAAGUCUAAAUCUGAACCAGAGGUAAUGGAACCACUUUUAUCAAGACCCUCUAAGCUGGACGUGCCCUCAGCUACCUCAAAUCCACCUUUUCUUUCAGUUGAAGCACUAUGUCCUGCUGUAUCGCCAGAUAACAGUUCAGCCUGUAUAUCCAAUCCACCCGAUGUGGAGACUGGUUUACAAGCAACUCCUUCCCCAGCCGACGAUGCAGGGAGCAGGGCUGUUUCGCCAUUUGCUAAGAUCCGAAGCUCUAUGGUCCAGGUAGCGAGCAUGACCCAGGCAGGACUGAUUCAGGGGGUAAACUUUGCAGUGGGAAAAGUUCAGCGAACCCCUGAUAGUGUAAAUGAAGGUCAGCAUCCCCAGCUGAAAGAUGUGUUUACACAGUGCCGGACUAGGAUAAUUCAAAUUUAGCCACUGGUGGGUCCUUUCAAACCUUGAUUAAAUUUAAUACUUUAUAAAGUUAUGGCCCAAGACAAGAUGCCCUUUUAAAAUGUAUCUGCGUACAAAACUGCAAUCUUUAACAUGGCAUUUGAGGUUUUCUGAUGGUCAUUGUUACAUGUGAAUCUGGGUAUUCCUGGAUCUUUUCUUUAAGCUACUGCAGCACUAACUACUGAACAGGCCAAUGUGCAAUAUUAAUUGUGGUAGUACAUAUUAGGCUAGGGGUAUUGUAAUUCCAGUUAAUUGUAAUGGGCUCAAACCCUGCCCUGUUCCAGAUGGCUUUAUCUACUGUAUAACUUGAGGGGAUUGUAUGCUACAUGUAACUUAAACAUGUCAUGCCACACAACUUAAGAACUGUCACUUAGUUUGUGUUGCACUGAAUUGUAUUAGUGGGAUAGUGAGUUGUAUUUUGGUCUAGUUUGUCUUCUCUGCCAUACAGGGAAACUGCCACCAAGGGAAGUUAUGAUUCAACCUGAACAAAGCACUCCGUAGAAAUGUUUUUAAAUUUAUUUUGAUUGCUUCUCAGUUUUUAAUGUAACAUCAUGCCUUUGCAGCUUAAGUUUAGUUGAAAGGACUUGAAUACCUUGUGCUAAUUUCACUAUUAAAGUAUUACAUCAAUGUGUAAACUAUUAAGAAAAGGAGUAUUAUUUCCCUCAUCAUGUCUCAUUACGAAAGAGACAAGAUCCUAAUGAAAAUUACCUGUAGCUAAGUGAAGGGGCCUGAGAGCAAGCUUGACUUAAAUAUGAUGUAGCAUUAGUAGGAUCCUAUAGCUAGUGCCUGUUUUUUCAUAAAUGUACUGUAGCUAGACUGUAAACGUGAUAUCUAAAGCAGGUUCCUGAGUGUCUUAAUUGUGGUCUUAAAUGUCUCUAUUGCAGAGGAUUUCUAAGAAAAUGAAACUGUCCAUUCCUGUAAUAAACUCCAGGUAUUGUAACUUUUAAAUGUUUUAAUGUGCUUAUUUAUUCAUGUUUUGUCACUGUAGUGUGGUUUCUUUGGAGUGUUUAAAAAAUCCACAUAUGCUUCAAAGGUAGAUAUACUCCAGUGUAUUUUGACAUGAGGGAUGUACAUUAUUUUAAUAAAAAAAAAAGUUAAAGCAAAA